CACCUCCCCUCCACUGCCUUUCUGCCGUGCCUUGGCUGCUUUAACUGCCUAUCUGGGUGGCGCACUCUUACGCACAGAGGCAGUGCCGGGGAGAUGGCGUUGAACUCGGCCUGGAAGCAAAUGUCGUGGCUCUAUUACCAGUACCUGCUGGUCACCGCGCUCUAUAUGCUGGAGCCUUGGGAACGAACGGUGUUCAAUUCCAUGCUAAUAUCCAUCCUUGGAAUGGCACUUUAUACUGGCUAUGUUUUCAUGCCUCAGCAUAUUAUGGCAAUAUUGCACUAUUUUGAAAUUGUGCAGUGAGGAAGAAUGUCCUAAGUAGUGACCAGUCAGAAGGUGAAGAACUGACCAUCUACAAUUAAGGAGUUCUACAAGUGACAAAGCAAGCAAGAUGUGAUUGUAUCCACAACUGGCAGUCACCACUAAGGGAUGCAACAUGGCCUUUUUGGUGGCAUUUUUUUCUUUAUAAGAUUCCCUUGUAUAAUAAUUUGUCUAUUAACAUUGUGAUUGUUUGUACCUUUGAUAUCAGUAUUUUCUUAACUUUGUGACAGUCCCAGUAUUACACUGUAAAAGCUUUUCUUAAUGUAACAGAGUACAUUUUGCCUUCUAUUUUUAAUCAAAAACCAUCUUAUUAAAUGGGGCUUAAAGCUUUUGCUAUUGUAUGGUAUAUAUCCAUCUGGGUAUAUUUCUAGUAACACAUUUUGUAAGAAAAAAGUGUUUAGAUUCAUAUGGAGAUGUGGAUAUAUUCAUGGAAUCUUACAAAACCUUGUUUGUAAGACCUAACUCAGGUGCUUCAAUUGCUAUCUGGACUGUUCAGCUGAAUAUUUGUGUAUCAUUCUAUUUUGCUUUAGUAAUAAGUGGAAAGCCUUUGUUCCAUUUGAAGAAGAAUAUGACCACCUAGCAUCUAUGUAUAUGGAACAAUAUUUUGUAAGGAGAAAGUGCUGGGCCUAACUCUUGUCUGCACACAAAGGCUUAGUUUUAUGCAUGCCAUCUGGAGUUUUGUGAUAACAUCUUACAGCUGCUAUUAUAGCUUCUAACUGUAUAUUGUUUCCCAAAGAGCAUAUUUUAAUAUAGACUGAAUUUAAAGACCAUGGCUAUUGCUGUUGUCUAUAGUAUAAUCAUGUCUGUAUUAUGAACCCUUUAUUGUAACUAUUGUUCAAACUCCUUUGAAUACCCAGACCAAAUGACCAAAAUAUAAUGUUUGAAGUGAACUUGAGUUGAAAACAACAGCAAUAAGGAGCUACUAGGCUGAAGUCUUGUCUUAGUUUUUAUAGCCUUUUUUCAUAUUUGUAUUCUGAAACGUAAGAUAGCAAUUUUUAAGGUGGGGGUUAUUUUUCCCCCAAAAUAAAAGCUGAAAGCAUA